AAAAAAAAGUCAUGUAUGUGGAAUGGAGAGAGCUAAGUCCAAUUCAAGGCAAUAAAUUCACUCUGAUGACUGAUCCCCUCAGAUCAGACCAGUCCACAUGGGACCUAGCUAGUUAAUUGGGCCUCUUUAGAUUUUAUUUUCUUUUUAGCUUCUAGAAUCUAGUCAAACAUAAAUGUCUACAGUGUAAAGUAAACUCUACUUGACUGGUCUUUGACUUUCAAUAAGACUUCCUUGAGAAGCCAAUCCAGUCCUCAUUUUAAAGAGACCUUGAUCACUCCUCACCCUCUCAAUUCAUCUUCCUUCAGAAGCCAGCCAGUCCAGUCCUCAUUUGCACAAGAUGAAUUUUGAAAGUGUUGGAUCAAAUAGUCCAAUUCUAGAGAACGAUCCAAGAAAUGUAACCCUUAAUGGAGAUAUUUGUUAUCACUGCCGCAAACCAGGGCAUUGGGCAAGCAGAUGCCCUGAUAAACAAAUGAAUGUACGCGACACGCCAAAUCUUUCUUCGCGAAAUUUCUUCGAAGAUCAAUCUUCUGUUCCUGCUAGGCAGUGCCCUUGUGGAGGUGGAACUUGCAUUGUUAGGACCUCACAUACUGUGAGGAAUCCAGACAAAAAGUUUUAUACGUGCCCGGGUAAAAAGGACAUGAAAUGCAAUUUCUUUCAGUGGCGUGACGAUGCAAAACCAGAGGAUUUCAAUGAGGUCCCAUUGUCACCAUAUCCUAUGUGCCCUUGUGGAGCCGGAUUGUGCCAUCGGUACACGGAGAGGGGUCGGCCAUGUUUUCGGUGCCCUAUUAAACCGGGAGAAGGAGCAUGUGGUUUUAAGCAGUGGCUGGAGACUCCAAAAUUGGCAUAUGGUGGCCUAGAGGAGACCAAUAGAGCAAAUGAAGAAUACAAAAUUGGAGAAGGUGGUAAUAAACUAAAAGAAAUUCUCUCUCCUGCAUCGUCAAAAUACGGAUCAGAGUUGCCAUUUAAGGAGUAUACUGUCAGAUUGGAUUCAAUGGCUUACGACAAAAUACUUUCUCCAAUCGGCAGACUCAAACUGAGUGAUGAUAAAAUAACUACUACUGAUGCAAAAACAGCCCAAUGUUCUUCAGAAUCUCCAUACCCAAUGUGCCGUUGUGAUGCUGGAAAGUGCAGUCGCAUAACAGAUUCAACCGGUCAAAACUAUUUUGUUUGCCCUGUGAAAAGGGGAGAAGGAGCAUGUAACUUCCGUCAGUUGGAUGUUCAAGAUACCAUAAGAAAAGAUGAGCACAAACACACCGAUGGGGAUAAACUUAAGGCGAGAAUGGCAUCUACUUCAUCAGUGAACAAAGGGUCAGACUCGAAUUUGACUAGGGAAUAUCAUGUGAACGAUGACAAGGUUAAUGUUUCUUUCCCAGCCAGACAUCUCACGUCGAACGAAGAGAAUGGAGCUGUUCCAAGCAACAAAGCAGUGAGUUGUGUAUGGUGCGGUGAUGAAGGGCAUUUUCUGAAGGACUGCAUCACUAAAAACCCUCCUUGUUUCAGAUGCGGUGAAUUUGGUCAUUGGAUGAAAGACUGCAUCGCUUAAUUUGCGUACUCAAGCAGUUGAAGUGUUUAGCUUUAAGUCGGGAUAACUUACUUUUAACAGUCAAUGUAUAUGUAUGAAUGUGGGCAGCAGUCAAACAUCAUAACUUUUAUAUCCCCUUAUGUUUUUGGUACUUUGAAUCAUUUUACUUGGUGCCUCAUCUAAACCAAGUUAUCAUGCA